AUGACAGCUGGCUACAUUGUUGGCUCACUGGUCGGAUCCUUUGCCAUUGCAUACCUGUGUGACACAUUUGUUUCUGACAAGAAGGCAUUUGGAGGUUCCACCCCCAAGACUGUUUCUGAGAAGGAGUGGUGGCAGGCCACAGACACCAAGUUCCAGGCCUGGCCUCGCACUGCUGGGCCACCGGUUGUCAUGAACCCCAUCAGCCGCCAGAACUUCAUCGUCAAGUCCACUGAGUAG